AUGACACUGUCUCCUUCUCUUUCUCUCCCUAACUUCCAUUCUUCCUUUCUUUGUUGCCCUCUAAAAUCCAAGCCAUUUGCUACAAGUUCAAUUCAACCAAAACCCACUUCUUAUCCACGCAUUAGAGCUUUGGACCUUGAUCAAAACACGGUAGUGGCUAUAAGUGUUGGUCUUGUGAGUGUGGCUGUUGGGAUUGGCAUUCCAGUGUUCUAUGAAACCCAAAUCGAUAAUGCUGCUAAGAGAGAAAACACGCAGCCCUGUUUCCCGUGUACUGGAUCUGGUGCUCAGAAAUGCAGAUUUUGCUUGGGAUCUGGCAAUGUGACAGUUGAACUUGGUGGGGGUGAGAAGGAGGUCUCUAGAUGUAUAAAUUGUGGUGGUGUUGGUUCCCUCACAUGCACAACUUGUCAAGGAUCUGGAAUUCAACCUCGUUACCUUGACCGCAGAGAAUUCAAAGAUGAUGACUGA